CGCGCAGCCGGGAGAGCCGAGUCUCCUGCCUCCCGCCCCCCACCCCUCCAGCGCCUGCUCCUCCUCCGCUCCCCAUACACAGACACGCUCACACCCGCUCCUUCACUUGCACACACAGACACACGCGCGCUCACACGCUCCGCACACACACUCCAGUCUCUCCCGCGCGCUCACACCCCUCUCGCCCGGCUCCCUCGCCAGUGUCGCGCCGCGCCGCGCCGCAGCCGGACGCCCCUCCAGGGUUCACUUUGCAACGCUGACAGAGCCCGCAGUGUCCGUGGAGGUGGGAAACGUGGCGACAUCCUACCCCCUGGUCGCAACCGGAGACUGGACGCCUGCGGAACCUCUCGGCGGCGCUCUCCCAUGAGUUGGGAUCGCAGCAUCCCCCGCCAGCCGCUCACCGCCUCUGGGAGCCGCUGGAUUUGUGCACCGCAGCCCUUCCGGGACAGCAGCUGUGACUCUCCCCCAAUCCAGAUUUCGGGGUCGCUCUCUAGAAACUCGCUCUAAAGACGGAACCGCCACAGCACCCAAAGCCCACUGCGGGAGAGCGCAGCCCGACAAGCCCGGGCGCUGAGCCUGGACCCUCAGCAGAGCGGGCCAGCACAGCGGCGGCUGCUUCGCCUAUCCCUAUCCCGACGUCCCCGCCUCCUACACUCUCAGCCUCCGCUGGAGAGACCCCCAGCCCCACCAUUCAGCGCGCAAGAUACCCUCCAGAUAUGCCCUGCGUGCAAGCCCAAUAUAGCCCUUCGCCUCCGGGGUCCACUUACACCACGCAAACUUAUGGCUCGGAAUACACCACAGAAAUCAUGAACCCCGACUACACCAAGCUGACCAUGGACCUUGGUAGCACGGGGAUCAUGGCCACCGCCACGACAUCCCUGCCCAGCUUCAGUACCUUCAUGGAGGGCUACCCCAGCAGCUGCGAACUCAAGCCCUCCUGCCUGUACCAAAUGCCGCCUUCUGGGCCUCGGCCUUUGAUCAAGAUGGAAGAGGGUCGCGAGCAUGGCUACCACCACCACCAUCACCAUCACCACCAGCAGCAGCAGCCGUCCAUUCCUCCUCCCUCCGGUCCUGAAGACGAGGUACUGCCCAGCACCUCCAUGUACUUCAAGCAGUCUCCACCGUCUACGCCGACCACUCCAGGCUUCCCCCCGCAGGCGGGGGCGCUGUGGGACGACGAGCUGCCCUCUGCGCCUGGCUGCAUCGCUCCGGGACCGCUGCUGGACCCGCAGAUGAAGGCGGUGCCCCCCAUGGCCGCUGCUGCGCGCUUCCCAAUCUUCUUCAAGCCCUCACCGCCACACCCUCCCGCGCCCAGCCCAGCCGGCGGCCACCACCUCGGCUAUGACCCCACGGCCGCAGCUGCGCUCAGUCUGCCCCUGGGAGCCGCGGCCGCCGCGGGCAGCCAAGCUGCUGCGCUCGAGGGCCACCCGUACGGGCUCCCGCUGGCCAAGAGGACGGCCACGCUGACCUUCCCUCCGCUGGGCCUCACAGCCUCCCCUACGGCGUCCAGCCUGCUGGGAGAGAGCCCCAGCCUCCCAUCGCCACCCAAUAGGAGCUCAUCAUCUGGCGAAGGCACGUGUGCUGUGUGCGGCGAUAACGCUGCCUGCCAGCACUAUGGAGUCCGCACCUGCGAGGGCUGCAAGGGCUUCUUCAAGAGAACGGUGCAGAAAAAUGCAAAAUAUGUUUGCCUGGCAAAUAAAAACUGCCCAGUAGACAAGAGACGCCGAAAUCGAUGUCAGUACUGCAGAUUUCAGAAGUGUCUCAGUGUCGGGAUGGUUAAGGAAGUUGUGCGUACAGACAGUCUGAAAGGGAGGAGAGGUCGUCUGCCUUCCAAACCAAAGAGCCCACUACAACAGGAGCCCUCGCAGCCCUCCCCGCCAUCUCCUCCGAUCUGUAUGAUGAAUGCCCUUGUCCGAGCUUUAACAGACGCAACACCCAGAGAUCUUGAUUAUUCCAGAUACUGUCCCACCGACCAGGCCACUGCAGGCACAGAUGCUGAGCACGUGCAGCAGUUCUACAACCUUCUGACGGCCUCCAUUGACGUGUCCAGAAGCUGGGCAGAAAAGAUCCCGGGAUUCACUGAUCUCCCCAAAGAAGAUCAGACGUUACUUAUAGAAUCAGCCUUUUUGGAGCUGUUUGUUCUUAGACUUUCCAUCAGGUCAAACACUGCUGAAGAUAAGUUUGUGUUCUGCAACGGACUUGUCCUGCAUCGACUUCAGUGCCUUCGAGGAUUUGGGGAGUGGCUCGACUCCAUUAAAGACUUUUCUUUAAGCUUGCAGAGCCUGAACCUUGACAUCCAAGCCUUAGCCUGCCUGUCAGCACUGAGUAUGAUCACAGAGCGACAUGGGUUAAAAGAACCAAAGAGAGUGGAGGAGCUAUGCAACAAGAUCACAAGCAGCUUAAAGGACCACCAGAGGAAGGGACAGGCUCUGGAGCCCUCAGAGCCCAGGGUCCUGCGCGCACUGGCAGAACUGAGGAAGAUCUGUACCCAGGGCCUCCAGCGCAUCUUCUACCUGAAGCUAGAGGACUUGGUGCCUCCACCUUCUGUCAUCGACAAGCUCUUCCUUGACACCCUGCCUUUCUGAGCAGGGGAAGCCUGAGCAGAGCGCUACUUGCUCUGCUGGUACCUGAUCAUUAAGUGAGCAGAAGAAUGGGUUUGAACCCCUUCCACUCUGUCCUUCCUUCAGGGGAAAAGCAGCUCCCAUAGAAAGCAAAGACUUUUUUUUCCUUUUCCUGGCACCUUUCCUUACAACCUAAAGCCAGAAACCUUGCAGAGUAUUGUGUUGGGGUUGUGUUUUAU